AUGAGUGUGUCGCCCUCCCGCAAGCGCGCCCGCACCGAGAGCGACGGUGGCGGCGAGGAGGGGGGCGAGCCCGUGGCAGUCGCGGCCGGCUUCGAGGCGCCCAUCUUUGGUGCGCGCGUCGUCGGCCAGGUCACGACGCUGGCGCUCGAGGGCGAGGACGGACCUCUGGCGUCCCUCAGCCUGCGCGGCGUCGCAAUCGAUCACGCGGGCGGCUGGUACGUCACGACUAAGAACUCGGUGCUGCACGUCUCGGCGGCCGGGCGCGUGCGCACCGUGGCAACCUGCGAAGGCGGCGAACUCUUCGGCCUCGCCAUCAGCCAAAACGGCAGCGCGCUGUUUGUGUCGGACCUCGACGCCCACAAGAUCCGGCGGGUGGAGGUGGCGACGGGUGCUGUGACGGCGAUUGUGGGUAGCGGCGGAAACGGCGAUGCAGACGGCGUGGGUGAUGCGGCGCAGUUCGGCGAACCACGCGGUCUCACAAUCAGCCCGGACGGCAGCGCGCUAUUUGUGGCGGCCUGCGGCAACCACAAGAUCCGGCGGGUGGAGGUGGCGACGGGCGCGGUCACUACGCUCGCGGGUAGCGGCAAUGAUGGCGACGCGGAUGGCGUUGGCGGCGUGGCGGAGUUCUGCUGCCCAUUCGGUGUCACUGUCAGCCCGGACGGCAGCGCGCUGUUUUUAACGGAUUACGGCAACGACAAGAUGCGUCGGGUGGAGGUGGCGACGGGCGCGGUGACUACGCUCGCGGGCGGCGAGGAAGGCGGCGCUGAUGGCGUCGGCGGCGCGGCGCACUUCAACGGAGCACGCGGCCUCGCAAUCAGCCCGGACGGCAGCGCGCUGUUUGUGGCAGACACGUUCAACAACAAGAUCCGGCGGGUGGAGGUGGCGACUGGCGCAGUCACUACGCUCGCAGGCAGCGGUGCCAGCGGCAGCGCUGAUGGCGUGGGCGGCGCGGCGCAGUUCAACUACCCAAUGGCCCUCGCCAUCAGCGCCGACGGCAGCACCCUCUCGGUCUGCGCAAUGGGCGGCCUCCGCCAGGUCUGCGUGGCGGCGCCUCCUCCGCCUCCCUCCUUCGCGCCGCUCGUGGUUCCGCCCUCCACCUUCUCCGCCGACAUGGCCAACACGUGGGGCGACGCCACCCUCCCCACCGGCCUGGUCACCUUCCUGGUCGGCGACGACGAGGAGCGCAUCGAGCACGUGAGCAAGUGCGUCCUCUGCGUGCGGUCCGUGUUCUUUCGGACCAUGUUUGGCAUCGGCAUGAAGGAGCGCGACGCCGCCGUAGUGACGGUGCGCAAAACCGACCUCGCCACCUUCACCGCCCUCGUCCGCUACCUCCUCACCGACCAGCUCGACCUCGGCGAGGAGGAGGGCGGCAGAGCGCAGCGCGCGCUCGACCUGCGGCAGCUGGCGCAGAUGUACCAGGUGCCGCGCCUCGAGCUGCUCUGCGCGCAGGCGCUGCAGGAGAGCGUCGCGCCGGCGACCGCCGUGCCGCUGCUCGAGGCGGCGCACACGAUGGGCGACGGGCGGCUCCUCGCGCAGUGCCGCCGCUUCGUGGCCGACCACGCCGCCGAGGUGCGCGCGAGCGGCGGCGUGGAGCAGCUGUGCGACCUGGGCGUGGCCAAGGGGCUGCUCGGCGACGCGCUCGACCAGGUGGCGGAGCUGAAGAAGGGGGCGACGCGUGCGGCGGCGGCCUGACGCGCCCCUGUGAAGAGUGCGAGCAUCGACGCGCGCCACUCGUGUGUAUACUAGACUGACCGUGCACUCAACAACAAACUAAGGGCGUAG